AUGAGCUGUAUUUCAAAUGCUGAAGAUAUAUUGCAAGUGAUGCAAAUGAUGAGAAAUAAACCUGAUGAAGAAUAUGUUUACUUAAUUCAAGAAGCACAAGGUUUGGUAGCUAUGAAAGAUAGAUUCAGUGAGCAUGUCAAAAAAGCAGCAGCUAUUUCAUGUAUUGUUUUAAAAUAUAUUGUUGAUAAAAGUUAUAAUGAUUUAGCUCCGACUAUUGAAAUUUAUAACAACUUUUUACCUGCUGGUUCAGAUGUUCAAGUCAAAUCUGAAUUUCUGUUGUGGAAAAAACGAUGGACGAAUAUUGUUACAGAAACUAGCUGUAUUCCAUUGUCACCUUCUUCAUCUAGUAAUACAGCCACAAUCAAAAUGAAACAGAAAGAAGAAAUAGUUUUACCAGAUACAGUAAUCGAUGCUUAUGCUGUUUGUUCUGAAGCAUUUUAUCCAAGCGUAAAAAUUUUGUUGAAAAUCUUUGCAACUCUACCAGUGACAACUGCAGAAAGAACCUUCUCAGUUCUGAAAUUACUGAAAACUUAUUUACGUUCGACCAUGUCAGAAACACGACUUAAUGGUUUAGCUAUGAUGUAUAUUUACAGAGAUGUAGAUAUAAAUGUUGAUACUGUGAUUGAUGAAUUUGCUAAAUCUAAUCGUCGAUUGAUUUUUUAG